AUGUCUUCUUUUCUCAAUAUCAAUUCUGAUAAUGGCCAGAUUUCCGCUCUGAAAAGUUUUGACUUUGAAACACUGAAAACCUUCCAGUUCCACGUUGUUGCCACAGACUCUGGAACUCCAUCACUGAGCAGCAACGUCACAGUGAACGUGUUCAUUCUGGAUCAGAACGACAACGCUCCAGUCAUCUUGUAUCCGGUGAGCGCGAACGGUUCUGCUGAAGGUGUGGAGGAGAUUCCCCGCAAUGUGAACGCAGGCCACCUGGUGACUAAAGUGAGAGCCUAUGAUCCGGAUAUAGGAUAUAACGGCUGGUUGUUGUUUUCACUGCAGGAAGUGAGAGACCACAGUCUGUUUGGUUUGGACCGCUAUACAGGACAGAUAAGAACACUUCGCUCAUUCACAGAGACAGACCAAGCUGAGCAUAAACUGGUCAUACUGGUGAAAGACAAUGGGAACGUUUCCUUGUCUGCAACAGCCACUGUGAUUGUCAAGGCUGUGGAGCCCAAAGAGGCUUUUGCAGCUGCUGAUGUUAAAAGUUCAACUACAGCUGAGGAAGAGAGUGGUGUUCCAUUUUAUCUCAUGCUGACUUUGGGUGGAGUUUCAUCACUUUUUCUCAUCAGUAUCAUUGUGUUGAUUGUAAUGCAGUGCUCCAAACCCACAGACGAUUCCUCCAAGUAUCUACAAGACACAAAUUAUGACGGGACACUGUGCCACAGCAUCCAGUACAGAUCUGGAGAUAAACGCUACAUGCUAGUUGGACCCAGAAUGAGUAUAGGUUCUACCGUAGUCCCGGGCAUCAAUGGAAAUACUCUGGUGGUCUCUGACAGGAGACGGACAUCUGGAGAGAUAACAAUGGGAAGCGAAAGAUUAUGUACAGUAAAGGUAUACUGUUGGGGCUUUUUUUACUUGUCUCUGCUGCUGUGUUUCGGAAAGCACGCCUCGGCUCAGAUAAAAUACACGAUUCCAGAGGAGGUGAAAGAGGGAUCUAUUGUUGGAAAUGUUGCAAAGGAUCUUGGCCUCGACCUCACAUCUUUGACUGGCAGACGGUUCCGCGUUGUGUCUGGAUCUAAGGACGCUUUUUUUGAGGUAAACCAGAACAAUGGCGUCUUGUAUGUACAUAAGAAUAUCGACAGAGAGAAUCUCUGUCACAGUAGUAGUGCUUGCCUGAUAGAGCUAAAAAUUCUUGUCGAAAACCCUCUAGAAAUACACUAUGUAGGUGUAGAAAUUACCGAUGUAAAUGAUCACUCCCCUAUUUUUCCCGAAAAUGGACAGACAUUUGAAAUUGCUGAACAUACACCUCCUGGAACCCGAUUCCAACUUCACGCUGCUCGUGAUCCCGACGCUGGAAUGAACUCAAUCCGGACAUAUACACUGACGCCAAAUGAUCAUUUUGAAAUAGAUAUUCGUCAAAGCGACGAGGAUAAAAUGUUAUUUUUAGUGUUGAAGAAGUCAUUAGACAGAGAACAAAAGAUUAAAUACGUGCUAUUGGUCACAGCGGUUGAUGGAGGUAAGCCUCCAAGAUCAGGGACUCUAAACGUUUCAGUUAUUGUCCUUGACAUUAAUGAUAAUCGCCCAAUGUUCAGUCAGGAUACUUAUCAAGUUACAAUACAAGAAAACGUCUCAUUUGGCACUAUUGUUACAAGAGUGAAUGCAACAGAUCCUGAUGAAGGGACUAAUGGUGAAAUCGAAUACAGCCUUGGCAAAACCUUGAGACGAAAAGUCUACGACCUGUUUGAAUUGGAUCGCUUAAGUGGAGAAAUUAAAGUGAAAGGAUUGGUAGAUUUUGAGGAGGCAGAAGUUUAUAAACUAGAUGUACAAGCAUCAGAUAAAGGAUCACCCCCGUUAUCAGCUGAGUGUAUGGUCAUUAUAAAGAUAGCAGACGUCAAUGAUAAUCCACCAGAAAUAGAAGUCACAUCACUCUCAAAUGCAGUGUCUGAAGACUCAAGGCCUGGCACAAUUAUUUCCCUGAUUAGUGUAACAGAUAAAGACUCUGGUGCCAAUGGCAAAAUAAUUUCACGGAUAUCAGAGGACUCACCUUUUGAAUUAAAACCUUCCUAUAAGGAGAACAUAUAUUCAGUUGUCACUAAGGGAGAAUUAGAUCGAGAGGUGGUGCCACAUUAUGAUAUAACAAUAAGAGCUACUGAUUGCGGUGAGCCACCUUUAUCGACUCUCAAAACCUUAAGUGUUCAGGUAUUAGAUGUAAAUGACAACAGUCCACGUUUCUCCCAAAAUCCGCUGGAGUUGUAUCUAGUGGAAAAUAACCGUGCUGGUACCUCAAUAUUCUCUGUAAGCGCAUCGGACACUGAUCUGAAUGAAAAUGCAGUUAUAUCUUAUCAUAUUGUCAGAGAAGGGAGUCAAAAUGACAUGACAUCCUUCCUGAAUAUUAAUUCUGAUAAUGGUCAGAUUUCCGCACUAAAGAAGUUUGACUUUGAGGCACUGAAAUCCUUCCAGUUCCAAGUUGUCGCCACAGACUCUGGAACUCCAUCACUGAGCAGCAACGUCACAGUGAACGUGUUCAUUCUGGAUCAGAACGACAACGCUCCAGUCAUCAUGUAUCCAGUCAGUGUGAACGGCUCUGCUGAAGGUGUGGAGGAGAUUCCCCGCAAUGUGAACGCAGGCCACCUGGUGACUAAAGUGAGAGCCUAUGAUCCGGAUAUAGGAUACAACGGCUGGUUGUUGUUUUCACUACAGGAAGUGAGUGACCACAGUCUGUUUGGUUUGGACCGCUAUACAGGACAGAUAAGAACACUUCGCUCAUUCACAGAGACGGACGAGGCUGAGCAUAAACUGGUCAUAAUGGUAAAAGACAAUGGGAACGUUUCCCUGUCAGGAACAGCCACUGUGAUUGUCAAGGCUGUGGAGCCCAAAGAGGCCUUUGCAGCUGCUGAUGUUAAAAGUGCAGCAAAAGCUGAAGAGGAGAGCAAUGUUACUUUUUACUUGAUGAUUACUUUGGGCGCAGUUUCAGCACUUUUCAUAAUCAGUAUCAUUAUUUUGAUUGCAAUGCAGUGCUCUAGAUCCACAGACUAUUCAUCAAAGUAUCUGCAAGACACAAAUUAUGACGGGACACUGUGCCACAGCAUCCAGUACAGAUCUGGAGACAAACGGUACAUGUUAGUUGGACCCAGGAUGAGUAUAGGAUCUACUAUAGUUCCGGGCAACAAUGGAAAUACGCUUGUGGUCUCUGACAGGACACGUGCAUCUGGAGAGGUAAGGAAUUUCUGA